AUGGCGUUAGCGUACUCUGAAUCAUGUGCCAGGCCUAAUGCUGAUGGCAAUGGGGCUGACACUGCUGCCCUUAAUCCGGACAACGCUCUGGAUGUGGCUCUUGUUCUUUACGAAUUUGGGCGACUGGAAUUUAGCAAGGAUUGGAAGGUCACUGAUGUCAACAAUCCACCAAGGCUCCUUAUAAUUGACGCAAGAAAUUACAGUGCAGCCCAAUUGAAUCGUUUGCGGGGUGGUGGAUUCGAAUACGUUGAGUACUAUGAGCAGUCGCAAAUCAGAUUCAUGGAUCUUCCAAACUUGCACUCGGUUCGGCUUAGCUUUGAGCGUCUUACGCAGCUGUACGAGAGCAAACCCGAAGCAAAUUGGUAUUCUGCUUUGGAGAAAACUUUGUGGCUGUAUUACAUUAGCCAACUUAUAAAAUCGGCCUCCGAAGUCGCUGCUGCCCUUGAUGCUCACUGCCGCCCGGUCAUGGUCCACUGCACGGAUGGCUGGGAUCGUACCCCGCAGCUUACGUCUCUCGCCAAGAUCCUUUUAGAUCCAUUUUAUCGAACCAUCAAGAUAAAACUGGCUAUGCAUACUUACUCCGGCCUCUUUGGAACUUUUCUCUUCAACUCCGAACGAGAUAGACAUGCAGCCCAGUGUUCCCAACAGACAUGCUCUCUGUGGGCGUUUUUGAAUCCGACGCAUAAUUGGUCUCUUCGAAACUAUCUGUACGAACCAAAGCAAGAGCCAUUGGAAGUUACUCCCUUGGCAACGGCUUCCAGUGGCCCACCAACAGGUGGUAGACCUGCUGUCCAGUUUGGUUCCAGCGUAAAUGCUCUCCUCGAGGAACCAGCAUUGUCUAACGAACUGCCACGAUCACAGUCAUUGACGGCUCUAUCAGCCAAUUCUCAGAAAGUACAGCCGCCUGUCGCCUCGCUUGACAACCAAGCCAAUCUGCUCACAGGCUAUCUUGUGUCUACGACGUCUACUUCGUCUGAUGACAAGGGAAAGUUCCGCAAAAUUGAUUUCAAUGAUAUUCCUGAUGAUGCGCAACACCAUCACCCCGACACACAAACUGGUAUCUUGCACGCUUCACUAGUGGAACCACUACCUGUAAACAACUUUCUGCCUGCUCAUCUCAGUUCGUCACGCGGAAACAUGUCCAGUCCCGUCAUUGCUGGUGGCAUCCGCACAUAUCUCUCGGACCAAGAUCUAUCCUCCCAGAAAUGUUCCCAUAACCGGAGCGCAAGUGACCCACCCUCGGCUCACAGAAAGAUACGGUUAUCGAGCUUCGUUGGCGAGGACCUACUCCUCGUGGAUAGCCUACCAGUCUCGGUCGCCGACCAAAACCAGACCUUGCAGCCUGCUGAAGUAGCUGAUGAGCCGGAAUGGAGGGCUAAGAGCCCCCUGUCCGAGACCUCCAUAUGGCCGGACAGCUCCAGCAUGUCAAGUGACUCGGUUGCGAGUCAGAGAUCCGUGAAACCUGUCAACACGCUCGUUGGAUCGUCUUCCGUGGGUGCCAGUGAGUUGACUCUGGUCACGGGCAAAAAACCGACUUUACGGCUAACCGACAACCGAUCGUCCGCGGAGGUUACGCCACUGUGCUUUGUAUGGCCCUCAGAUCUUGAUGGCUUGCCAAUGCGUGUGGACUCUGUUACUUUGCGCUUACAUGAGAAGCACUACCAAGAAGAGCAGCUGCACCAACAACAACAAUCCAUCAUCAACAAACUGACCUCGGAGGGAGAGACUACGAAGGCCGUCAUUUCUUCACUAAAACAAGAGGUGGCACGGCUAAAAAGGCUCCUUGUGUCUCAGGCUCGACGUGGCGGUAACCAAGGUGGUGGUGACAGCGGAGACGGAUCUACCUUUUCCUCUGGCGAGACUAACGCCUGCCCCAACGGUGACCUUAACUCCUCCAUUAAGCCGUCCUUUUCUCUAGAAGAGGCACUCUCAGAUGCAAUGGAUUUUUCUGACAAUUUGAACACAAUCACCGACGAUGAUCUUAUAGAAUUGACGAAUGAUUACAGAUUACGCCCAGUGAGCGCACGCCAAAUGCUACGAAUAGUCAGCCGUGGCGUUAUUCGUAGUCAUAGCAUCUGCUCCGAUGUCAGCUCUUUUGAAGUUGUUGACGCAAAAGACGCCGGACCUUGUUUGCCGUCGUCCGUGGACUCUAUAACCCUAGUACUACCGGAGUGUGGGACUUGUCAUUUGCCGUUUGGCGCCACUAGGCUCUCCCACCCAUGCGGAGACUGCGGCCGAUUAUUCUGUUACGUUUGUCUCAGUUUUUCGGUCUCCUACGACGGGACCUCCUCGCACGCGGGCCGAUCGAUGGGACUCUGUGGCAGUUGUCGUCAGCACUUCAACGCUUCUGAUCACGAGAUGUUGCAGCGGCCACACUCUCCUCAAAACUGCGCUGCACAUCCUUCUGCUCCGAUCUCAUUGCCUGAUUCCAUUGAGCCGACCAGAACCGUCGAGUCUUCCCUGCUGACCAAGGCUGAACCGCCUUUGCCGAACAACGGGCAACACUCGGUUUUUGGACAGUAUUCUAUAGAGGUCGCCCUGUCAUGGGAGGGGAACGAUGUUCUCCUUGGUGGCUUUCGGAGUGAUCAGCAGUUGCAUCGUCAGAUACUGUUCUACGAUGGUUUUCCCACUGCUGUGGGUAGGCGUGUAUCAAAUUGA